ACCUCAGGGACAUCGUCGACUCUAGCUCCCAGCUUCACCUUUCACGUCCACGCCGUGCUUGACAAGAAGUUCCGAUUCAACCAAGAACACGACGUGUUUCUUCUGCUUCUGGAGAUGACGAGUAUCCCGCUCACACUGACACAUUUUGUUGGAGUGGGACCGGAAGGAUACCUGAUCGAAGCACAUUUCACCGUUGAAGAGAAGAACCUGCUCAGAGGAGAAUGGCUGCGAUACACGUACGGUGUAAUACAACGACAUAAAGAAAUACAAGAAGCUGCCAUGAGGAACAUUUUCAUUCCUAUCGACUCCAACAUUAAAGAGUUGCACCUCUACGAAGGCCUCAUCAGUCGUCAGGAGGGACAGAGUUUGUGGCAGUCAGGUCUUACCAUGUUAAACUGGAGGAAACCCAAAGGUGAAGUGAUGUCAGAGGCCUGGCAGGCGGCAGCAAGAACUCUACUGAGCAGAAUCUUCCAGAAAUGGUCUCCAUCAGAGCAACAGAGCACUGACACCCUGUGUGAGAACCUGAUGCAUUUUACGACGAGUCUCGGCUUUGCGCAUAUAAGCGUGGUGUACAUGGACAAUUCCCAACCUGCUCAGAUCAAGACGUCAGAGCUGAUUUCAGAGACUCUGGUUCAGAUCUUAAAAGGAGAGCCGUUGGAGAAGGUUCCAGGAAGCUGCAUCAGCACCAGUCCUCUCACUCUGGGCCUCUCUGUUUUCAUCGUUACCAGAAAGUGCAACAUUGACCUCGGAGUCAAAGUCUGGGCUGAGCUGUGCUUCCUGGUUUCCUCUGAGACGGGAACCUUAGACGGGUCGCUCGGUUCUUUCAAGAGUCCACAGCACACCGUGUUGGGUCUGAUAAACCACUGUGCUCAGAGAGGGGUGUCGGAGAUCAUCCUCCUCGUUCCCCUGCUGCUCAGACUCCGGCAGCCAGGAGGCGGAGCAACACAAGUGGGUCCAGCUGUCGAAGAGGAGAACUGGUCGGGCCUCGAGUGCAUCAAUUUCACCAGGUUCAGAGAGUGUUUACAGUUCUCCCCCGACAAACGAAGGAGGACGAUGGAUUUGAUCCAGUCCAGCUUAUCGUCGGCUGAAGCGACAUCUCUGCUCCGGCUGAGCUGGAUUUCCUUGAUCGCCUUCGAGGAUCUUCCUGAAUUCUCGCGGCUGACGGGGAUCGAGUUAGAACAUGUGAUCCAGAGUCUGCUGUACAGACUCCGCUGUGGUGAACACAGGGACAACAACCGAGCACAGGAGAAUGUGAAGAUUGUUCAGAAGGCCUUGACUCACGUCCUGCUGAGGGUCGAUGAGGAGAAGGACAGGAUGAUGGAGUGUGGAAACGUCAGCGCAGCGUUGAUGAGCAGCAUCGGCGUGAUGAGGAGCACCUGCAGGCUCGUGCGACUCGUGCCGUGGUACGAGGCGGCCGUCACAUCCUUCCAGCUCGUGUUGAGACUGGCAGAGGUUCAGGACGCAGCGCUGAAUAAAGAGCCCCAGAAUGAGAAGUUUGAGACCUUAAAGGAGGAACUCCUGGAGAAGCUUCACUCUGUGCAGCAGCAAAUCUGCCAGUGGAGAGAUGAACUUCUGCAAAAACCCACAAUGACACCAUCAAAAUCCCUCACCUACCCGAGGGAGAUCGAGAUGUGGGACUCGCUGUUCAGAGUGGAGUGCUCUGUCGAGGGCGUUUCAUUGCGGUGGACGGCGAGCCUGAAGAACGACCUGAGGAAGAGGUUCUCCACGGCUGCUGAGGAAGAUCAGGUCCUGCUGCUGUGCCUGGACUCAAGCUCGUCGUGUGUCAGGAGAAGCCACACGGCUCUGCAGACGUGUUUGGACGAACUGUGUCGCUCUGUGGUCCGGACAGUCUGUCAGCGAGGACAGGCUGGAGACCUGCUGCGAAGUCUCUCCUCUCGAGUGAAAGACCUCCCGUCUGUUAUUGUGUCUGCGUUUGUCGUGGAAUCCGUGGCGCAGUCCACCGUCGACCCGGUGGCUCAGUUGCUCCACCCACAGUCAGCCAUCAACUUCCUGCUCUCAGACGGUGACUGGGCGUCGAUCCGUGUGGAUGAGGCGGCAGCGGACGUCGUCCACAGCUGUGUGGAUGCAGUGGCGUCUCUGGUGGACUCUCUGCUGCAAGGACAUGUCCCUGUGGGACACCUGACGUCCUGCCUGAAACACAAAGAGCAGUUUAAGAGACUUUACCUGCAGUACCGGAGAAACAGCAAACCUGAAAACGUUCCUGCUGACGGGAACUUGGUUUUGGCUCAAAGAGAAAAGGAUUUCAAGGCUUUCGAGCAGCGGAGGCAGCAGAUGGACUCUCUGAUGAAGAUGAUGGCCAAAGUGACAGGAAGCAUCACAGUUCCUGAGAUGCGGGCUCUUGAGGACCAGCACGGAGCAGAUCUCCAGAGAAUCCGUCUGAACCAACUGGUGCUGCUUCAGUCCAUCGGUGCUGAAGCGCCGCUGAAGACCGCCCCUCCUCCUCAGGUCCUCUGGUACAGAACCAGUCUGAAUGUGUUGAAAAUGGCCACUGAGAUGCAGAAGCUGCGUCACAGCAGCCUGGUCCUCUGCUGGUGGGUCAAAAGAGCCGCGGUGCUGGCGUCAGCGAGGCAGUCGUGCAAUUCGGCGCCAGUCCCCGCCACCCUGACGCAGGUCUGCGAACAAAUCUGGAACCCGCUGCAGACGGACUUCCUCCAGCUUGGUGUCCGAAUAGCAGACGGAGACAUCGCCUUCGAGCAGCUGGACCAGGUUUUGGCAGAGUGUGGCGAGCAGGGCGACGGAGCGCUGGUGAAAAGAGAGCUGAGCCUCAUGUCCCAGCUGCUCUCUGCAGCGGGACGACUCAAACCGGACGAGAACUGGGAGCAGCCGAGACUCGGUCAGAUCCUGGAGUAUCUGCGUCUCCAGCAGGCAGCAGCUGCAGCCUCAGCCAUCCUGGACAUCGCUGACACAAUGAAGCUUUCAGGGAACUUCUCUGAAAUCCAGUCCCUCCGGCAGCUGGAAGACGCCGCGUUUAAGCGCAGACUUCUGGGAUCUCUCGGUGACGACCUGUUCCGUGCCAAACAGCAGCUGUCGUCCGUCACACGGCAGCACACCGUCUGUCUGCAGGAGUUUAUGUGGAGUCAGAUGCUGGUCAACUGGGUCAAAACAAACCUUAAAAACCGCAGCGAUGUGAAGGUUUACGUCGAGUUGGCUUCCAUCUCUGCCGGAGAGAAUGACACGGAGAUCGAUCAGGUGGCCUGUUUCCAUGACGCAGUGAUGGGCUACGCUCCGCUGCUCUACUCCCUCUCCCCUCACGCCGGACUCGAGGAGUUCAUGAAGCGUGCCGGUCAGGUGUGGGACGCCCAGAGCCGAGACGAGAAGCUGCCGGACAAACUGAGAGAGUCGACUCGUCUACUGAGCUGGCUCAAAGCCUUGAAGGAGACUCACGGCUCUGUGGAGCAGUCCUCACUCUCCCUGGCGUCGUCCAUCAACGCCCACGGGGUUUAUCACAUCGCGUGGUCUGAUGAGAACUCAGAGCGGAGAUGUCUUCAGAACAUGGUGCAGGUCACGGUGACGAGAGGCUCAGAGGAGAAGAGCUACAAGCUGGAUGAGCUACUGGAGCUGCAGAACAAACUCAUGCUCAUGUCGUCCAAAGGAGAGCAUGGCAGGGAACAAGUCAACAGGUUCACAGAGGUCUUUGAAGGCGUCCAAAGAAUUGGCAGAAUCCUCCUUCAGAUGCAAAUGUCCGGGAACAUGCUCUUCAGGAAAUGGCGCGCUCAGGUCUGGUGCAGUCCACACCACGCGCCGUGCAUCACAGCCACCUUCAUAUCGCUGCAGAGUAAAGAGAUGGUGUACUGCGGCGAGGUGACGGAGCAGCUGCAGACUCUGGCUCACUUCAUGGACUGUCGUCAGACAGAGUGGUGCUCCUUCAUCAGCGACAUGCGCUCACGGUUCCACCUGCUGAACCACUACACCUCAGAGCAGAUGGUUUACAUGUGCUACUGGAUUCACAAGGUUUGUCGAUGGCAGGUCUCAGUUCCUCAACAGUUAUGGCAUUUACUCUUUCCCAUUAAACCCCAGUGCACUCUCAACGAGAUCAGAGUCGCUAACAGCAGUGCAGAAGAUGUGUCGUCAGAACCCCAUGAAUUAGCAGAUGCUGAGUUUGAUGAUGAAGAUCAGUGUUACGAACCUUCACCAGCUUCAGCGGGACACUCUGAUGAAGGCAUGGAAGAGACUCAAGAUUUGAUGGAGUUUUCUUCUGAUGAAGAUGACUUUGAUGAUCCCAAAGACAACAGUCCAGAAGACCUUUGGAGAUUGUUCAAGAAAGAUGAAUCAAAAUACCUCAAUGAGUACUUGGACAUCUCAAGUCUGGCCCACUUCCUCUGUUGCCUGUCUGAAAUGAACCAGCAAUACAUCGUCAGGAAUCUACCACCGAUUCUCCAGGACGGAAAGCCCAAUCUUCUGUUUUGUCCCAGUGCAGAGGUUUUCACCACUGUCCUAUCUUUCUACACCGAGAGUCCAGAGCAGCCUCUGCCAUCUGCUGAUGAGGUUCUACUCUGCACAGAGGAGACCACAAAGGAGGAGGUAGAGAUCUUUCUGCGCCGAGCCCUUGGCCAAGGCCCAAAACAAAACUGUCAGAAGAUACAUUGUCUGGUCAAUCCAGGGCUGCUGGGAUAUGAUGUCAGUGUGGCCUUGGGAAAGCAUUUUGAGACCCUGGCGAGGAAUGCUAACCCACAUUAUCGUUUGGUAAUCGUGAGUCCAGUUGUGCACCAACACAGAUACGUGCCGUCCUUCUUCAGCAAUGACAAAGUACAGGCUGGUAUGAGUUUAACAUCAGAUACUGCCAGGAAGUACAUCCACCACCACUUCACUCAGGACGCUCUCCAACAAAACCCUGUGGCACUGGUUUCUCCAAAUCAGCUGUCAGUGUGGAUGGUGUCAUCUGAACGCCCUGCAGUUGGAAAAUCCCUGUAUGUGAAUCGGUUGUUUGAGAAGUUUCAGCAGAAAUGUCUCGGCGCCAAACACAUCAGGAUCCGACUGAUUGAGCCAUGUGUUGACGUGGACUGGUUGAUCCAGAUUCUGUCAGAGAAACUGUCUUCCUUGAGAGAUCAGGAUCCUGUGCUUCUGCACAUUGACACUGCGGGUGUUCGUUCUGGACUGGAGGAGCUGCUCUUCCGUCUGUUAGUUCUGGGUUGUUUGAGUGACAGCCUCGGGAUGCUGUGGAGAAGGAACGUGACCCACUUGAUAACUGUUGAGGUCCUGAACACACACAGAUCUUCUCAAACUCGUCCAAAAGAGAUCAGUUUUGGACUUCUGGACAUUCUGCCCACGAUCCACUGUCGACCUCCAAAAGAGGUGAAACAGUUGUUCCAAAACCAACGUGUUUUUAAAAGACAGACAUUCGAUCCACUCAUGGAUGAGGGUGAGUUUUGCAGUGAGGGCAUUCAAAGACCCUACCAAUACCUAAAGCUCUACCACAACCAACAGAAUCUGGAUCAUUUCAAGUAUGAUGAAGGAUCCAGAAUGGGGGAUCCCAAUGAUUGCCUCCAAUACUUCUUGCUCUACUGUGGAAUGAAAGAUCCAUCUUGGGCUGAGCUGAAGAACUUCUCGUGGUUCCUCAAUGUGCAGCUGAAAGACUGUGAGAGCUCAGUUUUCUGUGAUCCAGAUUUUCUGGCUGACCAGCUUCCGGGUUUUAAGGGCUUCAUUGUGAAGUUCAUGAUUCUAAUGGCAAGAGAUUUUGCCUCACCUUCUCUGAACACAUCAGAUGAAAGCCCCAUGCGCUUUGAAAAUAGUGCGGAAGAUGACCUUCUUUCUUGUCUGACGAUUCGAAAGCGUUGGGAAAGUGAGUCUCAUCCAUACAUUUUCUUUAAUGCAGACCGAUUCUCAAUGUCUUUUCUGGGCUUUAAUGUUCAGACACUGCGAAACAAACUCUGUGCAGUUGAUACUCUCAGCAAUAAAGUCCUGAUAGAGGAUGUGAUGUCACAAAGAUUAUUUGAGGAUUUGGAAAGGCAAAGGAUCUCUCUGACCGAGGACUUUAAUCAGUUGCACCGACAAGACAAAAUCAGGAGGAUUUCGUGUGUUGUUGGUGCAAACAAAGGGAUGCAGGAUGACAAAUUUGAUCCAGACCCAACAUAUGAACUCACUGCUGACAAUGUGAUGAAGAUGCUGGCCAUAAACAUGAGAUUUCGAUGCGGAAUUCCAGUUGUCAUCAUGGGCGAGACUGGCUGUGGCAAAACCAGAUUAGUCCGAUUUCUUUGUGCGCUGCAGAGGGAAGAGAAACCAGUUGAAAACAUGGUUCUUGUCAAGGUACACGGUGGCACGACGGCAGAGAUGCUCUACAGAAAAGUAAGGAUGGCAGAGACACUUGCUGAGGAGAACCGCAGAAUGCACAAGCUAGACACCAUUUUGUUCCUAGAUGAAGCCAACACCACAGAGGCUGUUUUUGCCAUCAAGGAAAUCCUGUGUGAUCAAUCAGUGCAAGGGAAGCCCCUGAAAGCUGACAGUGGCUUAAAAAUAAUAGCUGCUUGCAAUCCUUACAGGAAACACUCACCUGAAAUGGUGGAACGACUGGAACGAGCAGGAUUAGGAUACAGGGUGAAAGCAGAUGAAACAGACGACCGUCUCGGCAAAGUCCCACUGAGACAGCUGGUGUACCGAGUUCAGCCUCUGCCACCAAGCAUGGCUUCUUUGGUGUGGGACUUUGGUCAGCUGAGUGAUUUAACUGAACUCUCCUACAUUAAACAGAUUGUCCAAAAGACAGUUGCCGACCAUUCUUUGCCUGUGACUUGCAUGAAGACAAUCUCAAAUGUGUCGGCAGCCUCCCAGAGAUACAUGCGCAGUCGGAAAAAUGAGUGCAGUUUUGUGAGUCUCAGGGACGUGGAAAGGUCUAUGAAAGUGCUAGUCUGGUUUUACCAGCAUAGCAAGGUCCUGUUCAACAACUGCUCCAGUCUCAGUGAGACCUCUAAAACACUGAGGUGCCUGAUUCUUGCAGUUGGUAUCUGCUACUAUCCUUCUCUGGCAUCCAAAGACGAGUACCUUUCUGUAAUUUGUGGGUACUUUCCAGAGCCGCUCUGUUCUUCAGCUGCAUUGCAGGAAGAAAUUUCUUCCUGUCAGGACUUCCUCCUGCAGAACAUACAGACAAGAGAGACGAUAGCCAAAAACCUUGCACUCAAAGAAAAUGUGUUUCUUAUGGUGGUUUGCAUUGAGCUGAAGAUCCCACUCUUUCUGGUUGGUAAACCAGGCAGCUCCAAGUCACUUGCUAAAACAGUGGUUGCUGAUGCCAUGCAGGGCCAGAACUCUCACUGUGAACUUUUCAAGAAACUCAAGCAAGUUCAUAUGGUCUCCUUCCAGUGCAGUCCUCACUCAAGCCCAGAGGGCAUCAUAGCAACAUUCAGGACCUGUGCCCGCUUUCAGAAGGACAAAAACAUGGAAGAAUACGUGUCAGUGGUGGUGCUUGAUGAGAUUGGACUUGCAGAAGAUUCUCCUCAGAUGCCACUGAAGACACUCCAUCCACUUUUGGAGGACGGAUGCAUUGACAAUGACAAGCCAGAUCAACACAUGAAGGUUGGCUUUGUUGGCAUCUCUAACUGGGCUCUUGACCCAGCAAAGAUGAACAGAGGAAUAUUUGUGUCCAGAUGGGAUCCAAGUGAGGAUGAACUUGUGGAAACUGCCAAGGGAAUCUGUUCAUCCUCCAAUCCAAUCCUCCUGAAAAUCACACAUCUCUUCCAACCUUUGGCAAAGGCCUUCUUGAACAUCUGUAAUGAGACCUCGAAGAAUCAGUUUUUUGGUCUAAGGGAUUACUACAGCCUCAUCAAAAUGCUCUUCGCCACAGUCAAAUCCACACAAGAAGAGCCAGACAGUGGACAGUUGGUGGAGGCCAUCUUGUGUAACUUCAGUGGACAGCCAGAUAGUUUUGACCCCAUCAUAUUUUUCCAAGAGGUUUUCCAAAGCCUUGCAGAAAUUCCCAGACCAAGCACCUUGCAAAUGGUGCAAAAGAAUCUUGAUUAUGGCACGAACCACGAGAGCCGUUACCUCCUUUUGCUGACUACUAACAAUGCAGCUCUUCAUAUCCUUCAGCAACAAGUCUUUGCCAAAGGAGACCAUACACAGCCCGAGAUAGUCUUUGGCUCAGGAUUCCCAAAAGACCAGGAAUAUGCACAAAUCUGCCGCAAUGUGAACCGAGUCAAAACAUGCAUGGAAACUGGCCGCACUGUCAUCCUCCUCAACAUGCAAAACCUUUAUGAAAGCCUGUAUGAUGCAUUGAACCAGUACUAUGUUUACCUCAGUAAGCAGCAAUAUGUAGAUCUGGGUCUUGGCUCCCACAGAGUUAAAUGUCGGGUUCACACAAACUUCAGACUUGUGGUCGUGGAGGACCAGAAGAAGGUCUACGAGCAAUUUCCUGUGCCCCUCAUCAACAGACUUGAAAAACACAGGCUGGACAGGAGUACUGAUCUGGAGCCAUGGCAACGCAGGGUUCUUCACAAACUGAGGGAAUGGGUGAAGGAAUUCUCAGGUGAGGCAACGGAGGAUUUUAUGCUGUCUGAGGUUUUUGUUGGCUUUCAUGACGAUGCCUGUGCUAGCGCUCUCUUGCAAGCACUUGAAAGGAGAACACAGGAUGAAAAAAGUGAUCCUCUGGACGAACUCGAGUCAAAUUCUAAUGGACUCAAAGAGGCACCUGGUUUCUUGGGUGCCCCAAUGGACAUAGAUGUUGCUAAGAAAGAGGAUGAGUCAGUGGUAAAGAAUGAUGAAGAAUCCACUGAGAUGUGUGCUGAGGAGACCAAAGUCAUGUCUGAAAGUGAAGAACCGAUGGAGGUAGAAAACAGUAUUGGGACUGGUGAGGAAAAUGAGGAAGAAGAAGUUUUUGAUGUAGCUAAAUGUCUCUUGUUGAACUGUGCUACCCCUGACGCUGUGCUGAGGCUGAAGUAUUCAGCUUUAGCAAACCAGGAGAAAGGGAAACUCCAGAGAGUGUACUUCCAGCAACAGCAUCAUCACUCUCUCAGAGAUUUUCUCGAAGACUGCCUGAACAAGACUCAGGGACCUACCAACUUUCUCGAGAUCACUACGUUCUCCAGCUUGUUAACCAGAUCAGACGUCAAGGUCGUAGCUCAUGCUCUUGGACUGCAAAUGGAGAGGAUCCUCCUGAUCUCGCUCCACCAAUUUGACACUGAAGUUUCCUUCUGCAACACAAUACGAGGUUUUCUCCAAGGUGCAGGUCACUCUCUUAACAUCCUGUUCAUUCAGAUGGACCUUGAGGAAUCGCACUGCAGCGACGCGCUCGUCGCAUCAGCAAAAUAUUGCACCAUGAAUUACUUGACGUCACUGGAGGGUCAGACCUGUUGGGUGAUGUUUAUCGUGAAGGUUUCCAGGAUCCCAAGCCAGUCUCAGUACAUUGGGUUCCAAGGAGGAGUUUGGCAGUCUGUGCACAUUGACGACCUGAGGGAUUCAGCGGACAUGAGUCUGAACCUGUCGGUCUUCUGUGGAACUCUCGUCAGCCACCUGAUCAACCCUGCUCUGUCAGUAGGACAGCAGGACCAUGGAGAAACGACAAGAACAGUAAGAGACUCUCGGACGGACAGCGCGCACCUCCAUGGUGUGUCCUUGGUGAGGUCAUGUCUUCAAAAAGCAGUGGGUUUGCUGAGGGACCCCAGUGGUGUGACAUCCCGAAGCAUGCAGCGGAUUAACAUCCUUCUGAGUCUUCUGGGAACUGGUCAAGGUCAAACAGGAGUCGACUUCCAGACGGUGAUCAUGAGCAGACUGGCUGAGGUUCUGGCUCAGAGAGAAGAACUGAUGUUCUCACCGAAGGAGUGGGUGAACAGGGAAGCCAAGAAACGAGCGGCUCUGCAGGAGGCGGGAACUCUGAGACACACUCUAUGGCGCUGUCUUCAGUCCACCGUGAUCCCGAUCCUGGUCAGUAUGUUAGAAGUCAUGGACCGCUACGCCAAUCUGGACCUGCUCUGUGACCAGAGACUGAGCCGUGGUCUGGUCUCACUGUGGCUGGACAUCAUGGCAGACCCGCAGGUCUUAGACCUGAAACCUCACCACAAAUCAAGUGAGUCGGACCAGGAGGUGCUUGUGCAGCAUCACUUUAUGUUGGACGACCAAGAACAGCCCUGCUCUGCCCCCUUCAGCUGGCUCAUCAGAAUGCACCUGGAAAGCCUGUGGGAGGAGUCUGAGUUUAUACAAGCAACUACAGAGGACGGCACAGAACGGAUUGUCCAGUUCGUGAGCUCCUUCAACAGCAGCAGACUCGCCGUUCACCUGCAGAAGCUCUCGGACCAGGAGCACUCAGAGUUUGCUCGUCUCUACCUUCAAGACUUCCUGCUUCUUUCUCUGAAGAUCAAGUCAAAGCAGGAGCUCAGGGUGUUGUCCCGGGCCGUGCUGGGCGGCGUGGCGGAGCUUCAGACGUGCGCCGGCGCCGCCCCUGACCUCUCGCCUGCCUGGAUCACGGCCACCGCCAAACACUUUGCCUGCAGGUUGGAAACUCUGUGCCACAUGUUCCAGCUGCAGCCUCAGCUGCCUGCUGACGUCCUGCAGAAGAGGCCAAAGACGGAGCCGCAGGAAAUGGUGGAGGACAUCGUAGCUCUGGGUGUGUGCGUGGAGCAGACGAAGCUGCUGACCGUGGCGUCGCUGCAGGAUUGCGAGGCGUUCGUGCGGCGCGUGGAGUUCCUGCAGCCGUGUCUCGACGGAGCGUUCGGUCAGAAAUACAGAAACGUCUGCGGUCCGAGCAGCCGGCAACACCUGGACUCCAUCAGGACGCUGUGGGACGGGAUGCUGGUCGUCGCGUCUUUCGUCCAACACGUGGUUUUUAACGGACGACAUGAGAACGACCUGCGUUUACAGGAAGUGACUCUGAGACACUGCAACCUUCACCUGAACCUGAUGCAGGGGGCGUCCGACAUGCGCAGCGUGGACACGCUGCAGCAGCUGAUCCGUGUCCUCAACUCUCUCCACAGCGAGUGCAUCAGCCGGGACCUGAGGUUCGGCAUUUCCUGUCCAGUUUGCUUGCUGGAGCUCAGAGAGCCGUCCGUCCUGCCGUGUCAGCAUGUCUUCUGUCUGCCGUGUCUGCAGCUCUGCCUCCAGCCUCACAGACGCUCCUGUCCGCAGUGUAGAGCAGAUCUGCCGCAGGAUUUCACCCCCACUGUUUCUGACGCCAUCAAGUCGUCCCUGCAGCAGCACACUGCCAUCAGGACCUGCUGUAACUCCUUCUUCCUGGAGGUGGUGUCGCGCUUCUGUCUGUCCGAGGGCCGGCAGCCUGAAGAGGGCGUGGUCACGCUCCUCUUCUCUUUACUCGUCUCCACUCACGGAGGCGUGUACAGGACCAGAGACCUCACCCCCUUCCUGGAGUGUGUGGACAACAGUCCAGUGGUCAGAUCUGUGCUCCCCAAACUCCUGCUGCAGUACAGUUUUGACCAGGCAAAAGCUCACAUUGAGACCUACAUGAAGAACCUGGAGGAGAACCUUCUGGACUGUGAAGACCUCACUGAGCUCUACCUGCUGUUUGUCAACUGUCUCCAGGAUUCCCUGCUGUGUUCGGGAGCGAGAGAAGUGAACGACAGCGGGGAACAACGGAGGCGAGGAGAUGCACGGUUCUUGAGCCGGAUCGCCAGGAAACAGGCUCCAGACCGACGGGAGGAACCGGCUGAGUUCCUGCUCAGUGUAGCCAGACUGAGAAUCUGCAUGAACACAGCGGCUCGCAUCCUGGAUAAAGUCUCCGCCGGAGGUAGAAGUGAGGAGGCGGAGUCUGAGUUCCUGCUGCAGGUGAAGGCGGUGUGUGAGUACUGUGCUAACGACUGGCACAGGGUUUACCUGCUGCGAGCUCUGCACAGACUCUCGGGUCUGGACUGCAUUCUGUCUCUGAUGAACAGCCCGGCGUGGACGUGGCUUUUCCCCGCGGAGCUCAUCCGCCUUCAGUCACAGACGAGGACUCUGACUGUGGACCAGUUCCUCUGCUGUGGCCUCAAGUACCGCGCGGUCAGAGACGCCGUGACCCAGGUUCUGCUGGAGGACAGGCCGGACACAUUCAGGACAGAACUGCAGAAGCUCCGUUCUUCUCAGAUCGGCCUCGUGGCUCUGGCUCUGUUCCGAAACAUCACCUGCCUCUACAAGUCACCUGACGUCAGGACACGCCCCUCCACACAAGAUACAGUGAGGCUGGAGCGGCUCCUCACAGACCUCGGCUCUGCAGAGUUCAGGAGGUUCUGCUCGUCUCUGCUGGUGAAUCAGAUCGGUGGCGCGGGCUCGUGUCUCCACGUGAGCGAGAAUCUGCCGCCGCAGAGACAGACUGUCCUGGAGCUGCUGGUGCACCUGGACUCGGUUCUGUUCAGUGGGAAUCUGUUACUGGCUCCUCUCCAUCAGAUCGCCUCGCAGCCUCAGAACGUCACGAAUUCAUUUCUGCCGACGAUGCCUGACGACCACAACACUGAGGCCCUGCGGUGGCUGAGCAGAGAGAAGAAACUCCGCACAUACACCUGUGCUAACGGACACCUUUGCUUUGUGGGAGAGUGUGGUCGACCGGUGGUUGUGUCCAGAUGUGUGGACUGUGGACUUCCUGUUGGUGGAGAAAAACAUGCGCCCGUCGUUGGGUUUACUGAACAAACACAUAUGAGGGAUCAGACUCGUGCUGGACACGUGUUAGGAGGCGCGGGUCGUAGGUCAGACGCUCCGGAGCGACAGAUGACCUCGGCUCAGUCCUGUGUCCUGCGGCUGCUCACACACCUCGCCAUGCUUCAGGGCGCCGUCACCAAUCAGAGGGGAGUUGAAGACAUGAUCCACUCCGACAAACCGACCGAUGUUUUCAGCUUCCUGUGGAAACACCUGGAGAAGGACAUGAACGUGCUGGGACAGACUCUGAACCAGAACUUGGACAACACGGCCGUUACAGUCCAUAUGGUUCUGAGUGUCUGCACAGAGUUCACUGAAGGAACCCGCAGAGCGAGACCGGAUCUGUCUUCCAGACAGGGACGGCAGCAGUGGGAGAAGCUCGUCUGCGACUCUGCCAUCAACCCUGUGCUUCAAGACUUGCAGAAGCUUGUGUGUGAAGCUCAGGACAGAAUCGGCGCAGAUGUGGGACUGGCUCACAGCCCGCUGAUGACCCUCCUGUACAAGGACCCCGGGAACAUGUUGUCUCUGCCGUCCGACUGCCCGACACGUCGCUCCUCCUUCUGGACUCCUCCUGAGAUCAUGACGGUGGAGAGGUUCUCUCAGCUGGUGGGAGAAGCACAGGGACGCAGCUCGUUACCGCUGCUUGUCUUGUUCCUCAAGAAGAUGAACUGUGUGCGACAGUUACGUCAUCUCCCUGAACUGGCCGCUCUACAGUUGGACCUGCUGAGGGUGUUUCCUGUGACGCCGUCUCACUCUCAGAGCAUCGCUCACAUGUUACAGCAGAUACCAGCAGGUCAUCAGAAGAAGCUGCUGCUGGACAGAGUGCAGAGGUUCCUCACAGUGUGGAACAGCCUCAGAGCCGAGGUUUCUAACAACUCAGAUUUGGGUGUGGAUGUAAAGUUGUGUGAGAAGGAGAUCACGACAGAGAGCUCCGGAGAAUUUCUGACACCGUCCCGACGUGGACCAGGGUCGUGUCUCCGGACGCUAGUGGACUUCCUGUCGGAGACUCAUAACAGUCUGGUGAGAGAGACCCGGAGAGUGAGCCACCAAGAGGACAGGGAAUUCAGUGUUUCACUGGAGAGUGUGUCAGAGACCCAGCUGACCCUCUGCAACCCAGAGAGGGAGCUGCUCCCUUUGGUUUUAGCUCACUGUCACUACACCUUGAAGAAAGGCCAGGAGAUGGACAACAGCUACGAUCUGCAGGGAAUUCAGACUCAGCUGGUCCGCUGCUUCCUUGCCGGGAAACCACUCAUCAAGACGGACAACUCGAGGUACCUCAACAGACACCUGCAGGAUUUCUCCGUGGUUCUGUCUGAAGUCCGAGGGAAGAUCCACCAGGUGCCACUGAAGGGUUCGCUGUGCGGCGCCGUGAGAACAGUUCUGCGCUCGUAUACGGACGUCUGCGACGCCGUGUUCAUGCUGGAGAUCGCCCUUCGCUUCCUCGGCAAGACGGGCGGCGACCCUCGGAGUCAGCUGUUGUCCUUUCUCACCGACUCGCUGCAGAUGCGCUCACAGAUUUCCAGCACCGUAGCCAAGGGUUUUGCAGAGAGCAAACUGGAACACUGUAUUUUCACCUGGCAGCUCCUGACGAGCUGGAAAUCUGAACUAAUGCUGAACAGAAAACAGGAUCCAUUUCAGAAACUGCCCUCAAAGUUCCAGCAGAAGAUGUCGGAGGACGAUCGGCGGGACCUGAAGGUUUUUCUCGCCGUCACAGACGUGGAGACGUUUACGCUGGAGCUUCAUGAGAUUCUGCUGCUGAAGACAAGCGACGCUACGGCCAAUGGCGAUUACCACGGUUACCACGCUCAAUGGGACAUCUGCUCCACCUUAGAGCUCCACAUGGAGCAGAAGAACCUUCCACCUCAGCCCGGGCUGAACUCGUUUCCUGGGAACAUCACAGUGGGACAGGCAGCGGACGUGUGGAGGACAGCGGUGGACUUUAAAAGACGAUAGAAUGUUUGCACUCCGCUCUUCUGCAAAGUCAUCGACCGCUCAGUCGAUGACAAACAGUUUGAGUGUUUCUGUGAUUUCAGCCACUAAUGUUCUGGAUUCUUCGCUCCUUUAUCGUCUUAUAGGCGUCACCAUCUCACAUAAACGUCACAAAAUUCAUCCUGAUCUGUGAAGAUGUCGCAGAGAUUUCGGAUCAAUCCCAUUUUAAAUGGCCGCCUAAAUCAGAUCUGGAUGAAACUUGAUAGGAUGGUAGAGGGUCUGAUCGUGCAUUACAUUACGUGUCAUUUAGCAGACGCUUUUAUCCAACGCGACUACAAGGGAAUUGAGUACAACCUGCCAGGGGUGGAGUUGAACUUGGGACCAUGAAGUCUUUUGCACACAGGGUCUUAACCACUGAGCUAACCCACCCCAAGUUUCGUCAAAGUCUGAUGAGGUUUGACAGAGAUGUUUGAGUUUGAUUUUACAGUUCUGCCCAUAAAAAAGAACUUUUUCUGAUUUUUGAAAGUUUGAUUGACAGUUGUCGCUCCAUUCUUAAAGUUGAACAAGUUGAACAGCUAUAAAUAAACUGCAGACAGGAAGUGAAUUAAAACCUGUGCAAAGACUUUACAGGUCAAAUUUUAGAGCCAAAAAAAUGCUGGAUAUUUAUUAUUCAUUCAUUCAUUUUCUGUUAAAAUAAUAAAAUAUUCUUACAAUUUU